CGAGAAUAAUACGUUUUCGAAGCACGUUGACCAAAUUUUCGUUAUUUUUAAAGUUCUGCAUGUAGUUAUUUCUUAGAACAAUGAAUUAAUGCAACUUUAAGGAAGUGCUCCUGCUAAACUGACACCAGGACAACUUAAUUGCAAUAAUUAUUCUACUGAUCUUUCAACUUAGAAGGGGAGACUGUCAUUGACAUCCAUCAUGGACGAACUACAGCAACUGGAGCARAUUUCRCUUGUUUCAAAAGUUUGUACAGAGCUUGAUAACCAUCUCGGUAUAGACGAUAAAGUACUGGCUGAAUUCAUUAUCAUGCUUGGAGAAAAAAGUGCUGACGUAAAUGAAUUCAAAGAAAACCUAGCUAAGAAUGGAGCUGAAUUUCCUGAUUCAUUUGCCGCUAACUUACUGAGACUUAUUGAAAAGAUGAGACCAAAACAGAUAAAAGCAGAACCAGGUUCUUCAAAGGUAGAAAACAAUGAUGAUUUCCCAACAAAUCCUGAAGUGCAGAAAAGAAAAAAGUUGUUUCCUGGACUUUCUCUUCCUGACAAGGAAAUCAAAGAAGAAAAAGAGAAGAUAUCAAAAGAAGAUGAAGAAAUAGCAAGUGCAGCAUUUGAUGAGUUAGAGGCUCUUCUACCAAAAGCAUCAACUUCACAGUCAAG